AUGGCAGUGAUUGGUUCCAUUGAUGAACGUACAAGCUUACCAGUCUCUAUCACUAUGGCAGUGAUUGGUUCCAUAGAUGAACUGGUUGUGCUGGGUGCCUUUGGUGUCCUAAUGAUGGCUGCGUCGGCCCCACCCAACUACUCUGAACUACACGCCGACAAUGGCAAAGGCGCCAAGAAAGUGCUGUGGCGCAAACGGUCCAAACUCCCCAUUCGCCAGCACGUGGCCACCGCGGGGACAGGCCGGCGAAUGAAUCUCUACAACCACGCACACAACACCCAACACACCCACGUACACACCACACCGUCACUAGCAAGCAUGCGCCCCCACGCCCCUCCCUCGUCGGCUGUGGAUAUGCUGAGUGAUGUGACGAGUGCCCUGCAACGCGAUCUCAGCGCCAGCUACACGUCAGGAGGUGGACACAGAAGCAUGGACAUGGACAUGGACGCUCUGGGCAUGUGCGACACAGACGGGUACGAGGAAGAAGAAGGCAGCUCCAAGACUAACCUCUACUCGGAAUCAGAGGAGCUUGAAAUAGGUGGGUGGGUGAGUGGGUGUGUGGCUGUUAUGGGUGGGUGA